ACGACCUGAAAGAAUGGCUCCUCAAGAGUCUGACGCGAAUGCUGUGCUGUUCGAGCAUGACGUGGAGACGGAGGAUGUGGCCCUGAUGAAGACACCGGUCCAGCAAGCCGGAGACAGCAAGUGGGAGACCCAUUACGAGUGGCAUAUCAUCUUCCUCAUUCCGCUGAUCUAUACAGCCGGGGUGUAUGGAGGUUACCUGUUCCUGGUGUCGGCGACAUGGCAAACGAAGAUAUUUACCAUCUUCUUGUAUGUGACGUCGGCCCUGAGCGUCACAGUGGGGUCCCACAGGCUCUGGAGCCACAAGGCCUUCAAGGCUAAAUGGCCUCUUCAACUCAUCCUUAUGUUCUUCCACACUAGUGCUCUGCAAUUCUCUGUGAUAAACUGGGUGCGCGACCACCGCAUGCACCACAAGUACGUGGACACGGACGCGGACCCCCACAACGUCACACGCGGGUUUUUCUUCUCCCACGUCGGUUGGGUGAUGAUGGGUAAACACCCAGAGUACGAGCGGAAGAGCAAGGGGCUGGACAUUAGCGACGUCGAGAAUAAUCCCAUAUUGCAGUUUCAGCAAAAGUAUUACCUAAUCCUGGCCACGAUUAUUUGCUUCAUCCUCCCCACCGUUAUCCCGGUCUACUUCUGGAACGAGACCUGGAUAAACGCCAUAUUAGUGCCCGGGAUGUUCCACCGCUUCUGCGUAUACAACGCCAUUGGAUUAGUCAACUCUGCUCUCCACACAUGGGGGUACAAGCCCUACGACAAGGACAUGGCGGCUACAGAACUUAGAAUGGUCAAUUAUGUAUUACUAGGAGAAUACGCUCAUAACUACCAUCACGCUUUUCCUUGGGACUAUAGGACUUCAGAACUCAGCACUUUCACGUCGUUUAGUUUGACUACGGCGGUUAUAGAUUUCUUUGCGAAGAUCGGCUGGGCUUAUGACUUAAAGACCAUCUCUGAUGACGUCGUUCGGAAGCGUGUUAUGCGUACUGGAGAUGGCUCGCACCAAAUUUGGGGGUGGGGCGACAAGGACCAAACUAAAGAAGAGGUGAAUGCAACUGUAAGAAUACACCCUAAGCAUGAUUAA